AGCUUAUAUUAUAUAAGGCUCUGCACGUGACUAAUGGUCAGAGAAAGUGUCAAAUAUGGAACGAACACGUAUUGGCCCGUGGAUUUCAGCCUUUGUCAUCUGUAUUGUAACUCAUUCUCGUACGACGUUUGCUAUUAGCUAUGGCCGCUUUGGCGAGGACGAUGAAUCUAACUGUACACUGAACUGGGCUCUUCAUAGGCUUCACGGAGUCUGUAUGACUGCCGCCUGGUUGAUCUUCAUUCCAAUCGGCAUGUUUUCUGCUCGCUUUAUGAAGGCAAGAUGGCCGACCGAUUGGUUUCAGGUACACAAGACGAUGGUCAUAGUAGGUAUUGUCUUUGUCAGCUUGGGUUUGUUCUUUAUCUUGUAUGCACAUGAGGGAAAAUUUGACGUGGGUGCUCAUUCUAUGUGCGGUAUAUUUGCUGCUUCACUUGCCUUUGCGCAGCCUAUUAUUGCCGUCUUAAGACCUCACAAUGAAAUCAACAGUCAUCGUCAUCACAGGAGGUGGAUAUUCAACUGGGUCCACCGAACAGUUGGUGUCGUGGCCUUUGUCCUUGCUUUGGUGUCUGUAUUCCUGGGCUGUAAAAUGUUGAACAUCGUUGGAUUUCCAAAUACAUGGGCUAUUCCUGGUCUUUUUGCUUCAGCAGUUUUUAUUCUAGUUGCGGUGGCAGAAUUGGCCAAUCGUAGGUUUUUGAAACCUAAGGGCUCAGAUCGGUGCUCUGUACCUGUCUGCAGCACUGAUGAUGAUCUGUUGGACCCAUCAGCUGGUUUGACAACAGGCAGUCGAAAUCGAUAUGUCAACAUUCGUGUUCCAGUCAAAAGUUCUCAUUUCUGGUCUGCACUGUUUGGUGUCUUUGCAGCAGUGCUUUCUGUGUUGGGAAUAUCAAUGGCUGUAUGCAUUGCAAUGACACCUCAGAGUCAUAGCGACUGAUGUAUAUUUGUAAGACAUAAGAAAGAACGUAAGAUGCUC